AUCACACUUGGCUUGGCAUGUUUGGUGAUUCAAGCCUCCCCGUUCUGUCUCUUCUCUAGCUUUGCCAAAGCCAUCCAUUGUAUGGCACCAAGCUCAAGAUGCGAUGGAAAAGCACCAGCUUCAGUGCUCCGCCAAGAGGAAUAUGCAGGCAGCUGGUUCUCCUUAUACAUGGGAGAAAGUCAGAAGCCGGUAGCUCAAAAGAAAGCUUUGCCAACAGAAUCUACUGCCACCUUUGAGGUCCAUGAGGUUGGUCCAGAUGAACAAUUCCAUUGCAGCUAUGAAAUCUGGGAGGCUGGGAAGGCAAUCCGCUCUCCGCUCAGCCAGCCUGCAAACAUUACAGAAGUGCAUUUCCUGAAGCCCUCAAUUGUUGCAAGUCCCAGCACAGAAAUCUCAGUGGGACAGGACUGGACACUCCAUUGUUCGGCUCCAUUUUCAGGUGUCAGUUUCGUCUUCUACCAGGCCAGGGACUUCCGGUAUGAGGUCAUUCCUCAAGGGAAUGCCAACGUGGCUGAAUUCUCCCUGAAGAAUGUCUCAGAGGCUGAUGAAGGACGGUACACAUGCUACUACCACAGCCUCACCGACCCCGUCAUCUGGUCCAAUGCCAGCAGCCCCGUGGUGCUGAAAGUCCUGGAUGGGUCUGAUGUUAGCAGAUAUCAAGAGGUGUUGGUUGACUCUGCAGGGAAGCAUCGAGUGAAUUGUUCAAUGCCCCCCGUAGCUGAGGGAUGGUUCCAUCUUUAUGUUGAUGGGGAAUUCUUUGCUGAAAUCAGAGCGUGGCAAAAUGGGACAAGCACCAGCUUCGGCCUCACAGAAGAUGCCCUCAGCAAACUCAAGGGCAAACUGAGCUGCCAGUUUGGGAGGAACCAACUCAAUGACACCAUAAGGCAGACACAAGAGUCAAUUCUGCUGAGCACUGAUUUCACUGCAGCCAAUUCCAUACGGCUUGGCCUCGGGUUCACAAUCCUUGUUGCAGCUGUGAUUUUUGUGGCUGAUGCGUUUUGGACUGAGAGGCAUCAGGAGAACUGAGCCAGACAAUAGCUUCUGAAUCAGCGAGAUAUGUGGAGUCACGCAAAAACAUGGCUUGAAACAGUCUUUUCUGGUGGCUGAAUCCAAUGAGAAGAGGGGUAACAGCAGGGAUGAAAUCCAAAAUUUUUCCCUAUUGAUUCUAUGAGCAUGACUUGGUAGGCAUGGCAGGGGAAGGAUAUUGCAAAAUCUCCAUUCUCUCCCCACUCUGGGGCCAGCCAGAAGUGGUAUUUGCCAGUUCUCCGAACUACUAAAAGU